CCCUCGCAGACGUCGCUGUGGGUCACGCCCCUUGGGGUUGCGCUUCGAGUUCGGGCCUCAGAUCGCCUCCGCCGCUGUGUCGGGAAGCUGCUCGCGACGGGGCUGCAGCCUGGCCGAGAUGACCGACGGCGAGUUCGACUACGUGCGCGCGCUGGCCCAGGACUACCUGGAGCAUGUCCUGCAGGCCAGCCCGCCGGGGGCCCAGCCUGGCAGGGUCGCCGAGCUGCUGCGGGAGGUGGCCCUCCCGGUCCAAGAGGAGGUGGAGACGAGUCUGCGGUUGUGCCUGGACACCCUGGACGUGCAGUCGGUGGACGCCGCCCGCGCGCUGUUCCGCGCCGUCAUGCAGAAGGAGUUCGAGGACGGCGUGGUCAACUGGGGCCGGAUCGUGACCGUGUUCGCCUUCGAGGGGAUUCUCGUCAAGAAGCUGCUCGCAGCGCAGGCGGACGUGGUUGCGGACGCGGAUGCUCACCAGGAGAUCGCUCGCUUCGUGGCCGAGUUCAUCACGACGCACACGGGAGAGUGGAUACGGCAAAACGGAGGCUGGGAAAAUGGCUUCGUAAAGAAGUUUGAAACUGAAUGUCAUCGGCUGACUUUUCUGGGAGUUAUAGGAAAGGUGUGCAAAAUGUUCUCUCUUCUGAAGCAAUACUACUAACUGAAAAGGACACUCAUAUUGUGAAACCUGCAAACUUAACCGGACUCUUGCAAGAGGAAUUGUGAGCACUUUUCUUCUGCUUCUGGACAAACAAUAUCCAUGAUGCAACCCAAUGUUCCACAGUGAUGAAUAAAUCUAAUGUAUGUA